AAUGUAGGUCAAGUGAGGCUCAUAGCAAGGCAGUUACAGUUUUCAUCUUGAAGAUGCAGCUUAGGUGAUGUUAAGUAGUGUUUUCUUUCAGUAAGUGUAAAACUGCAUCCCUGGCAGGUAUUCACCAUGGAACAGGAAGGCGACAUGCAAGCCUUAUGUUAGGGAUUGAAACAUCUGUUGUUCUUACUGUUUCCUUGUAUGUUAGUUAAGCUUCAGAGAGACCCUCCUCUUUCCUUUUUUAAGCAUAACCUACUGUUUAUAGCACAGUAAAAAGCUGCACAGCACUUCAGGGAAAAAAGCUGCUGUGCAAAAACAGAGGUGUAAGAGUCUUAAACCAAUUUUGCAGUGUUACACUUCUCUGUGUAGCAGACUAUCUUAAGACAGUCCCAUGCACAAAGCCUUCAGAAAGAAGGUCUUUAAAAGUAUGUGUUAGCUUGUGCUGCGUGCUGCCCUUGUGUGCAAGAAGCAUUGUUGCCCGAGUGCUUCCACCAUUGCUCAUGAGCUCUAUUUCAAACAACCUUGUUGCAGCAGAAUAAGUGUCAAUUUUGGGAGAGGCUUCACAGAGCCAGGCUGGGGAACCAGCAGCUGCAAAACAAGAGCAAGAUGAGAGGAAUAUCCCAAGUGGAUUUAAGUGUGCCUGCCUGGGAACAAAGAUUCAGGUCUAGCAGAAGUAAACCUCAAAACAGGGAGGGAGACAUGAAGUGUCAGGAUGUUGUGAGUGCCCAGAUUUCUCUCCUUGGCUCUGUGUCUAAGGUGCAGGUAUAUUUUGCAUCUUUUCUUCUGCAUUGUUGAGAGAAUUACACAUCAAGUUCCACCUCCAGGGUCACAUCACACUUGAACUAAUGCUAGGAAGACAGAGAGAUCCUUUAGCUCUUCCUGAGGGAUUCAUUGCAGCGGAUGAUGCAGAAGAAGAAAAAACUCAAUACGACUUCCAGCAUGUGUGGAGCGAAAGUGAGGACUGCUUACCUUUUCUGCAGCUUGCACAGGAUUACAUCUCCUCCUGUGGGAAGAAGACACUCCAUGAAAUACUGGAAAAAGUCUUCAAAUCCUUCAGACCCUUACUUGGGCUUCCAGAUGUUGAUGAUGAUGCAUUUGAAGAAUAUAACGCAGACGCGGAAGAAGAGGAACCAGAAGCCGAUCACCAACAGAUGGGUGUCAGUCAGCAGUGAUCUUCUGAGAAGCUAAAAAAAUUUGGAAGCCUUUGGUACCAGGUGGGGUCAGGUGGUCCCACGUUAGCCUGUUUGAAUUCAUACAUCACAUGGGGAUAUCUGGCUCCCAGGAUAAAAGUUUUACAAAAUGGUUUAAAAAAGAAAAAAAAAAAAUCUGUGAUAAGCUUUGCUAAGAAGUGACCUGAAUUUUGCUCCUGCUUCAGUGGGUUUUCUAUGGAGUUGUCUUGGUAGCAUUCUGCCAUUAUCAGUCUAGAAGUAGUUUUGUCACUGACUUGUCUCUUCGAUUUAUGUUCGGGAGUGGCGUUCACUGACAUGAAUGUAGAGUACUGAGAAUGUAGGAAGCAUGUGGUGAGAGUGCUGAGUCCUCGUCGGUGACCUUUCCGAGGAAACCAGCGCAGAGAGCAAACGCAACUUGCGCUUUUCUUUUUAGUUCAACAGCUAUGGUUUUUGACAAAGUACCAAACUUGGAGAGAUUUCUCCUGAAAAACACUAGUUUAAUAUGGUUGGUACUGCAGAAGUGCACGUGAAGGCUUAACAAAAUUAAUGGAAAGUGGGAAGUCCAGGGGAGUAUUGGUGUCAGACGUAUUAGUGUUGUUUUACUGACACCCAAGUUUACAAGUGCUGGAUUAAUAACUGAGAGUAAUUAGUAUCAGCAGUACACAUUAUAACCAACCCUGGUUCUCCAACACCAUUUGAUCCAAAGCCAAAUGCUGCUUUCGUACAAAUCAAUUAAAAAAUAGCCAUUGCCUAUCUCACUUCUGCAUGAAAACCAACUUUAAGCUUUGCUGUUUUUAAUACACUGCUAAAUUAUUACUCAAACCUCACAGCAUUGUGAAUUGAAGUGCAACUUAACUUUGAAGCCAUAGGGGUAUAAACCAGCACCUGGCUCUUGAAAUUAUGCUGGAUAUGUUCCCCUCCCUGGGCCUUUGAGCUAGUCUGGACAGUUACACCUCGCUGGAGGGGAGCUAAAAUACUACUACUUUGGCUGAUACAAAAACUAGUGAGGUUUUACUUAGCUGGGGACUCGCUCCCCAGAGGGAUUUGGUGGGGUCUUGGUAUAAAGGAGAAGAAGACCCGUUGUAUUUUAUACCAAUUUUGCAUGGAUUUAAGUGACUCGGAUAAGUGUCAGACUGUGAAGAUGCAGGGUCUCUUUAUUUACUUGCCUUUUGUACUGAAAAUAUAAGAAGCAAAGGGGAUUCUGUUGUAAUACAGCUGUUUUCCAUAACUGAGCAAAAUGUUUCUAAAUUUACUCCUUUUUUCCAAUUUUUUAAAAAUCGUGAAAUGAAGGUCACAUGCUUCAAAAGCCCUUUUAUACAGAAUUAGCUUUAUAAAAACAAAAAGUGAGUGACAACUCACUCUUGGACAACUCCUAGAAACAACUCGCACCAUUUUGAAAACCCUGUUGUUAGCGAUGUCUCCUUUUCAAUAGAUUUUUUAAAGGCUUUUUUUUUUCAAGGUUACUUAAGAGAGCAAGUUUGCUUGGUGGUUUACAUUUCUGAUGAUGGCUUGAGAAAUGCAUAGCACUUGAUUUUUCCAAUCUGGGGAAAGACCUUCCAUAACCAGGACGGUGUGUCAUACCUGAAGUAUGCACAGAAGUGUCUGCAACACUGUAAAAGUUGGAGUUUAAGAAUAUGAAAAAAAGUGGAAGAGAAACAGAGCUUAAUGCAACUGUGUACAUUCUUUCGGCAUGCAGGCAUAAACAUGGUAGUCGCAGCACAUUUUCUAUGGACUAGUGACGUGAGAACCGUGGCAGUUCAUUGUAUAACACUGUACAGCAGCAAUAGGCUUUUUGCUUACUAAAAUAAAAUGUAAGACCAGUGGUUUCCAUCCCUGCUUUAAGUCCCUAAGUUUUUCUUUCCUCUCCAGCUAAAACAGAUGCCAUAACCUUAAAUAGAGCCUUGCUUUGGGAGAACCUUUCUCUUCAUAGCAUCCAGUCUUUUGGCUGCGGCUCAUACGAGUAGAUCUUUUGGGGCUGACUUUCCUCUGCUGUUAUGUAAUGCAAGACAUAAUUUGCAGUAGCGCAAGCUGAAGGCAAAGUCCUGCCGUUCAGGUUUGCUAGCCACUUGCACCCAUUUUGCUUAGGUGCAGGUGGCCGGCAGCGACACGCAUGUGCACGCACCCACACGCACACCAAACGAGCCCCGGGCACGGCUGCGUCGUGAGCUGGGCUGCGGGGUCGGUCUGACUGGGAAAUAACCCUCUGCCUUUUUACAGACAGGCAGUUUUCCAGCUGGAUCAAUCCCACCGUCUGGUUCAGCGCGUCGCUGCACAAGAUGAG